UCGGGAGCGGGCGCCCCUCGCAAUAAAUUGGAGUCAGCACCAAUGACAGCUCUGCAGUCCUCCGAUGUGGUGCUGCUGCUGAUCAGGUGGUUGCAGGGCUCCAGCUCAUAGCAACACAAUGCAGCUGAAGAGGCAGGCUCCAUCCACAGCCAGAAACUGGAGCUACUCCCCACACCGAGGCGACCUUUAAGCUCAAAUCUUGGGAGAGGAAAAAACGAAAAUGUGCUGAUGUGGAAGACGACGUUCCGGCAACGUUGGAAUAUCAGACACUGAAAAUGUCUCCCUGCCUGCUCAUCCUUCUAUUUCUUAUACCUAGCGUUCUGUGCGUUUGUCCUCCCCAAUGCCUGUGCUCAGGAAGCCACAGGCAUGUGGACUGUUCAGGCAGAAACCUGUCGACGUUGCCACCUGGACUUCAAAACAAUAUUGUGCACUUAAACCUGUCGUAUAACAACUUCACCGAUCUCGAUGACAAGUUAACUCGGUACAGCAACUUGAGGACCCUCGACCUUUCGCACAACAGGCUUGUGCACCUCCCCGCUGAGCUCCCCCGGUCCCUGUGGGAAAUCUUCGCCACCGACAACAUCAUCAAACUUCUCCACAAACUCGACACGGCUUACCAGUGGAACCUUAAAGUUCUUGACGUGUCCAAGAACAUGGUGGAGAGGGUCGUCCUCAUCAAAAACACCCUGGGUAGCCUCAAGUUUCUCAAUCUCAGCAGCAACAAACUCUGGACCGUGCCGACCAACAUGCCCUCCAACAUAGAGAUGGUGGACCUCUCCGACAACUCGCUAAGCCAGAUUCUGCCGGGCACCCUGAAGGAGCUGCUGCAGCUCACCCACCUUUACCUGCACAACAACAAAUUCGCGUCCAUCCCCGACCAAGCUCUGGACCAGCUCUCUCGGUUGCAAGUUAUAACCCUGCAGAACAACCGGUGGUCGUGCAACGACAAAGAAAACAUCACGUACUUGCUCAAGUGGGUGACGGAAACCAACGCCCAAGUGAUAGGCUUUCCGUGCUCGAACCAAACGCUCCCCUGGCAGGAGAACACCUCGUAUGCUGCACCUCCUGCGACUUCGAGCACCCUCACCGUUCAAGGGAUACAGGCGGUGACCACCAUUAGUUCUUGGAGUUUGAUAACUCAAGCCACCCAAGUGACCAAAGUCCCCAGACAAUUUCAAGCGGAGUCAACAGUAAGUGCCACUCUCAGCCAAAGUGUCCUAUUUACAAGCACAGAUAAGCCUUUGGCCCUCUAUCCGGAAGAUCUGCCCACCGAACAGACAAGACCACACGAAGCGGCGGCAGCCACCCGUACCGUUCGCCUUCAAGAUGCAAUCGCUGCCAACGCCACAAAAUCGCCAACAACUCCCGGGGUCCUGAGCGUUACUAGCGGCGUGCCCACCAACUUCUCCGAAAUGCCUCAAAGCACAACCGUUACCUUGAGAAGGGAGGAGACCACCACGAGUAUUUUACAUACACACUUACGCUCCACAGCAACUGUUUGGAAAGUUUACGCCUCUUAUAUCUUGAUGCUCAACGCGGCGGUCGUUCUGAUUACCUGAGGGCCUGGGGUUCAGACACUAAUGAAACUACUCCUUUCUGAUGUACAGUGGGGACUGAAAAAUGCCUGUCUCUAACCAGUGAUUCACAUUACAUUACACACACAAGAAGGCCGGUCUUGCUAAUCUGAUCCUGAUCCAAAUGAAGUAACCUGUCCUAACUACAAGAAGUGCACAAAUAAUGUGUUGGUACGUGCUGCUAUUUAUUUUACUGUCUUACCUGAGCAGAAACUAACCUGAGUUUUGGGUUUUUUUUUUUUAAAUUGAAACGUUUAUUUUCUAUUUUAGCUUUUUUCUUGCACAAUAUCUAAAGCAUUUAAACUUUAAUGAGUAUUUUCUGUAUGUUUACAUCAUUAAACAUCUGGAAAA